UUUCUUCAUUGGAAUUUGUGAGCAAUUAUCACUUUAUUUUGUUUAUUCUUCUUUUAUUAACUGCUACUUGAGUGUUUGUUGCUAUUCGCAGCAGGACCAAAGGAUUGGCUUAAAGAGCAAAAGAGAAAGUCUUCCAAGUUUCUAUUAGCUCCAAUCGAUGCUUCGAGAAAACCUUCGCUCUGCUUAUCUUUUGCUCAUAGACAAUGAAUCAGCUAAUUCGAGUAAGCAUUUAGAGGAAGUUCAAAAGGUCUUGAAAUCUGCCGCUAGUGAUUGUGUUGUACAAGAAAGGAAUUCCUUCGUCGCAUUUCAAGCCAACACCGGAGUCGAGGUUUGCACAUACCGUUUGAUUGUGAAGAAUGCUUAUUCUUUGCUUGAGAAGAAGAAUCCUGUUAAGCUGGAAGCCGAAGCUAUGCUAGAUGAUCUUAUAAGGGUUGCAGAUGCACUCAAGAAUACCUUAUCUUCUCUUGACAAAUUUGAGUAGGGGGUGAAGGACUGCCUCGAAGUAUGACGAUGGCGGUUCCCCUUAGUAACCGUAGAUUUAUGGCAUUAUGUUAUUCCCGGAAAUUUUGCAGAAGCUUUCGUACUUUGGAACUGGUGGAGCAUGGAAAACUGUAAAAAAUGCAUAUGUUAUGUGAGUUGAUCUAUGUUGUAAAUUUUGUUCAAAUUUCUCAUGUGUCUGCUUCGUUGUUCCAGCAUUUGUCGAUCGUUUCUUUGCUAGAAAUCUAAUGAUACGAGCAAAUUCUCCAAAUUCAUGUUGUUUACAAUGGCCUUAGAACU